UGGGACACAAGCAAAUGACUGCAUUGCAUUUCUUGUGUAAUCAACACCAGCGAGUGAUCUACAAGGGGUUGCAGCUCUCUCAAGGAGUGCCAUUGCUUUGAAGAACCUGUACUUAAAACUGGAGUGUCAGUGACACACUCAACGGACCCCAGCAUUUUACAGACAGAAAUGCUACUGAGCAUGUUUGUUUUCAGCCAAAAGUCUACAAGUGGGACUUAAUGAUUGAUGAGUGACUGCUGAUAAAGUUUCUCUACUAUUUUUCCUUUGUGUGUGUUGGACAUUCUUAAUUGUCCCCCACCACUUUCAAAAACAAAAAACAAACAUUUCCUUUCCAGUUGGAAUUAUUUUUUUCUGGUUAAUAUUUUUUGCUGUUCUUCCCUUUUCCCCUCAGUUUUUUUGAACUAACUUUGGCAUCAUUCACUUGACAGUAAUUUACAGAAGCUAAAUCAGCUCUUCAUCAUGGCUUUGAAUGUGGCUCCUGUCAGAGAUACAAAAUGGCUAACGUUAGAAGUGUGCAGACAAUUUCAGAGGGGAACUUGUUCACGCUCUGAUGAGGAAUGCAAAUUUGCACAUCCCCCUAAAAGUUGCCAGGUUGAAAAUGGAAGGGUUAUUGCCUGCUUUGAUUCCCUAAAGGGUCGUUGUACAAGAGAGAACUGCAAGUACCUUCACCCACCAACACAUUUAAAAACGCAACUGGAAAUCAAUGGCAGGAACAAUUUAAUUCAACAAAAAACUGCAGCAGCAAUGCUUGCCCAGCAAAUGCAGUUCAUGUUUCCAGGAACACCACUACAGCCAGUGCCCACAUUUCCAGUGGGUCCCACAAUAGGAACGAACACGGCUAUUAGCUUUGCUCCUUACUUAACACCAGUAACACCCGGAGUUGGCUUAGUCCCCACCGAGAUCCUACCCACGCCGCCUGUCAUAGUUCCUGGAAGUCCACCGGUCUCAGUCCCCGGUUCAACUGCCACCCAGAAGCUCCUCAGGACUGAUAAACUGGAGGUGUGCAGGGAGUUCCAGAGAGGCAACUGUGCGCGUGGAGAGACUGAUUGCCGCUUUGCACAUCCUGCAGACAGCACAAUGAUUGACACAAACGACAACACCGUAACCGCCAAAAUCAAAGCGGCGCAACACCAAGCCAACCAGGCUGCGGUGGCAGCCCAGGCAGCUGCGGCAGCUGCGACUGUGAUGACUCAGUCGACUGCCAAAGCAAUGAAGCGACCUCUCGAAGCAACUGUAGACCUGGCCUUUCCUCCUGGUGUUCUUCACCCUUUACCAAAGAGACAAGCACUCGAAAAAAGCAAUGGUGCCAGUGCCGUUUUCAAUCCCAGUGUCUUGCACUAUCAACAGGCUCUUGCCAAUGCUCAGUUGCAGCAACACGCAGCGUUUAUCCCAACAGGGUCAGUUUUGUGCAUGACACCCGCUACCAGUAUUGUACCCAUGAUGCACAACGCUACGGCCGCCACUGUCUCUGCAGCAACAACUCCUGCAACAAGUGUUCCCUUCGCCGCAACAGCCACAGCCAAUCAG